CAGGUUUUGUAAUCAUAUAUGAUUAUAAAAUAAAUGAAUUUCCAAUUAACCUGGCGUACAGAAUGCUGUAAUAAUAAUAAUAGUUUAGGACUGAAAUCACCAAGGCUCACGCAAGUACCAGAUUGGUUAGAAUUUCGGUACAGGUGAAUAAGAAGUAUUAAUGGGUCAAGCUGCGUCGCGUCAAGAGGCAUUCUGGGAAGCAUGUGGAUUUGGUCAUGUGAGACGUGUGGAGAGAUAUAUAGAGGAAGGAAUAGACGUUAAUUGGGUCUCGUACACUCAUGAUUGUUGUCCUAUACAUGUAGCAUCACAGGGUAAACCUGAAAUUGUUCGCCUUUUGCUCGAACAAAAUUGUGAUGUCAAUGUCACAGAUAUUCGUGGUAAUACCCCAUUACAUCAUGCGGCUAUGAAAGGUCACAGUGAUAUUAUGCAGACGUUAAUAUCGGCAGGUUGUAAAAUAGAUACAGAGGAUAAGAAUGGAUGGACAGCAUUACAUAACGCAGCUUAUUGGUGUCAUUUAAAGGCAGUUAAAGUUCUCCUUAAAAAUAAAUGUGAUAUCACCAUUACUCAUAAGGAUUCUAGAACAGCUGUACAUGAGGUAGCCAGAUCUAAAGAGAAAGAAGAGAUAACUCUAGGUGAAAUAGCUAGAUUGUUGUUACAAGCUGGAUCAGAUAAAGAUGCUAGAGGUAGUGAUCUAGGGGAGGCUGAUUUUACAGGUUUAAUGUUUGCUAGUUACCAUGGACACUCGGAAGUAGCUACAGCUUUUAUAGAGGCUGGUUGUGAUAUUAAUUGUACUGGUUCUUCUAAUAACUGGUCUGCAUUACACUGGGCAGCUGAUCGUGGUCAGGAUGAGUUGGUCUAUCUAUUGUUAGAAGCUGGUGUAGAUCCUACUAUUAGAGCUUACAGAGGAGAAACAGCUGCUGACAGAGCCAAAUCUCCAGAGAUUAAAGAGACUAUUUUAAAUGCUAUCAAUAUGUUUGAAGAGUUAAGGGGACUGGACAGUAAAUCUUCUAAAACUAAACCAGGCUCUAAUAUGACCAGGAAUGCUAUUUUGACAUCUCCAGCUAAAAACAAACUGACCAAUCGAAUGGUGGAUGACAUAUUUAACAAAAUGCCACCAAUGAAAGUACCCAAAGCAUCUACAACAAAAUCAGAGCAGGUUUCAGAUAAAUCAUCUUCUAUGGACGCUACAAAUAAAAAUAAACAAAGUUCAGAUCAGAUACAAGCAGCCAAAAAACUUAGUAAAAAUGAAACAGAAAAUGCAACAGACGAAUCGAAUGUUAAUAGUAAAAUGUUACAUAAAAUUCCUGAUAGCACAGAAGUCAAACCUUCCAAUUCAAGAACUGAUUCAUCACUCAGUCAAAUAACUGAUAAGGUUGAAGACAAAUUAGCAAGUUCACAGGUCAAUGAAUUGCCCAAUCAAAUAACAGAUAACUGUUCAAAGGUUGAAGGAUUAUCCAAUCAAAUCUGUACUAAGAUUGAGAAUUCAGAGGUUUCUCAAAUAACCAAUGAUAUAAGUGAUAAUAUAGUUUCUGUAGAGAGUUCAAAGAAUGAUAAUUUAACAAAUGAAAUAGUAGAUACCACAGAACAUUUGAGUAUUGAUGAUGUUAAAGUUAAUACAAUUGUUUAAUAUAAAUUUUUGUUUAGGUAUUCUUGUUUCAUCUUGGCAUAACUUUGGUCCGAUACUUUAUAUCCAGUACCUUUGGCUUCCGAAAUCCAAGUACAAAGUAUACCGGUAUAGCUCCAUUUAGUUACUGCAUGAGGCAGGGUAUGCUUACUAUUUAUAGAUCAUCUGAUACCACCUUUUAUUUAUGGAGUUCAGACAAUUAACAGAUUUUGAUGUAAAUUUGUGCUUAAACUGUUGAUCUGAAUACUCUGCUGGUGGAUGGUGGUUGGCUUGGUAGUCUAAUGUCGUAUCUUAGUCCUGAAAUGACCUAGUUUAUGCUGAAUAGACACUAAACCGCAUUUCUCUCAGUCUCUCUUUUUUGCAAUAAGUUAGAAGUGAACAUUCUAUUAUAGAAAUGAAGACAGGCAUACACCAUACAGUUUUCUAUGAGGGAAAUUAUGCCCAGACAAUGGCACAACAAACUACUUUUAUAUCAAAUUCCAACUGCCAAGUGAUUUGUUAGGUACUAUAAUGUGUACACGGGACCUUGGUUUUUCGUGCCAUCCGAAAAACUAUACACUGACCCUUGCCUGACCAUCUGUUUAGGUUAGCGAGCCAACGUCUUACUCAUUGACCACAGUGACUCCCUUUCUAUUGUAGGUUAUAUGGUAUGCACCAUGGUUAUAUCUCGAUGUUUGAUGAUGUGCUUUAUUCUGUUUUAUAAUAAUCUUUGUAUUAAUACUAUUUUAUAAAAAAGCAAAUGUCCACCUACCCAAAUAACCUCCAAACUCAACGCUCAGUAAGUCUUGAUAAUUCAGCUCAUUAGGUCUGUAUGUGGCAGUCUGAUAAGGCAUGAAUGGGGUUUUCAUUUGCAAGCUUGAGUUUUCACAACUUUUCUCGGGUCUUUUUAAGAGAUUUUGCAUAAAAAAAAUAAUAAAUUUAACUGUAUUUAUUGUGUAUUUUUAAUUAUUUAAUAUUAUGGCAAUUUAAGUAACCAUUUUUUAAUAUUAUGGCCAUUAAAGUGACAGGCAAAAUUACUUAAAUGAUAGUCACACAAGACCAGGGGAAGAUAAUUAAUCUUCUGUGGUGAUCAUGCGUGUACCAAUUGCUUCAAAAAUAUAUUUGCCUUAGUGAAAGCGUAGUUUAAUGUGAUUUUAUGUAAUUUUUAUACGACCACAAUACUCAAGAUUUUGUGGCACCCUUUUUAUUAAUGUGUAUAGAGCUCUGGACUGCCUUAAGCUGCACGUUUUGCUGCAGUGGAUCAUUGGUUCAGGGAUUUGAAUACUUAUAUAGCACAAACUUAAAAACACUCUGUGGUCUGUGAGGUAAUCUCAUUGUUUCUGUGUAUAUAUAUAGAUUACAUUCUUAAAGCUAGUGCUUUCACUAUCAGAUCAUCAGGCUUUUAAUAUAUAUAUAUAUAUACCUGAAAAAUAAAGUUGUUUUAUAUUCUUUUGUGCAAUAAAAAUAUCUUUUUAGGAAGUAAA